CUUCGUUCACUUCCUGUCCCUUCAGAACGUGUGUGUUGAAGAUGGCGUCGGAAAAUUCGGUGCCAAGCGAUCUUUACAAAUGUGUGUAUUCAUUUUUAUUAGAAAACAAGUUCACCAAGGCGGCUCAGCAGUUUAUCAAACAGACUAAAGUGAAUCCUCAAGAUCAGAAUGAAGAAAGCCUUGUUGACAUUUUCAACUUCUGGGUGAAGUCUCCUGAAGCCAGAAAGCGUAAAGCAGCUCUUCAAGCUGAAGGUACCAACGGUCCUGUAGCCAAGAAAGCAAAAACCAGUACAGAGAGUUCCAGCGAAGAGUCGAGCAGUGAGGAUGAGAAAGCUGCAGCAAAACCAACUAAUGCAUCCCCUGCAGCCAAGGUGACGCCUGCUAAAAAACCAGCUGCUAAAGCUGCAUCCAGUAGCAGUGACUCCAGUGAUUCAGAGGAGGAGGAGAAGAAGGCACCUGCAAAGGUACCUGUGAAGCCUGCUGCUGCAGGUGGUGCAAGAAAGAAAGACACUAGCUCUAGCAGUGAGGAAUCUGAUUCUGAGGAUGAGCAGCCUGCCAAAGUCCCUGCACCAAAACCCAAAACUGGAGCAGCCACAGCACCCAAAACAGCUGCUCCUGCUAAAGGGGCUGCUAAGAAAAAGGAGAGUAGCAGCGAAGAUAGCUCUUCUGAUUCUGAUGAAGAACCAGCCAAGGCUCCAGUUAAACCUGCUCCAGUAAAGGCUGCUGCUGCUGCUGAAUCAAGCAGUGAUGAGUCUUCAUCUGAAGAUGAAGCUCCACCCAGCAAAAAACCCAAAGGAGGAGAAUACUCUGCAGUCCCACCUCCUGCUGUCCAAAAAGCACCGGCUGCAACGACUUCUAAGAAGGCUAAGGAAAGCGAGUCCUCAGACAGCAGUGAUGACAGCAGUGAUGAGGAAGAACAGAAGAAAGUACCUGCAAAACCUGCUCCAGUAAAGACACCGACUGCCAAGCCUACCGGACCAAAACCCGCAGCAAAGAAGCAGGACUCCAGCUCUGACAGUUCAGAUUCCAGCUCAGAAGAAGAUGAACCUAAAAAACCUGCAGCUAAAGCAGCUCCAGUCAAAGCUGUUGCCGCCAAAGCAGCUCCUGCAAAGAAGCAAGACUCUGACUCUGAUUCAUCAAGUUCAGAGGAAGAAGAGGUGAAGAAACCUGCAGUAAAGGCAACUCCUGCUAAGGCUGCUCCAGCUAAAGCUGCUGCAGCUAAAAAAGAUUCGUCAGAUGAGGAUUCCAGCUCAGAUGAGGAAGAUGAUGCAGCAGCAAAGAAGCCCACAGUUAAAACAGCCCCUGCUAAGACUCCACCUGCAAAGACUGCCCCUACUAAAAAGGAUGAAUCCUCCAGCUCAGAUUCAGAUAGCAGUUCUGAAGAUGAGGCCCCAGCAAAACCUGCAGCUACACCGAAAGCUGUGGCUCCACCACAGCCAGCUGCCGCCUCCAAAUCCUCGACCAAGGAAGCAGAGAGCAGCUCCACCUCAGACGAUGAUUCCUCUGAGGAGGAGGAACCAGUCAAAUCCAAGCCGGCUGCAGCUACCCCUAAGCCUGCAGCUGUUGUCACCAAGCCUCCUGCAGCAGCAGAGAGCAGCUCAGACUCUGACUCCUCUGAAGAGGAGGAAGAACCAGCCAAGUCGAAGCCAGCAGCAACAAAACCACCCACUCCGGCUUCAAAGCCCGCUACUCCUGCAGCAAAGCCUGCAGCAGAGAGCAGCUCAGAGGAGGACUCAUCUUCUGAAGAUGAAGAACCUGCUAAAGCUAAGCCAGCAGCAGCUAAACCAUCCACCCCAGCAUCAAAGCCUGCUACUCCUGCAGCAAAGGCUGCUGCAGCAGAAAGCAGCUCAGAGGAAGACUCUUCUUCUGAAGAUGAACAACUACCUGCUAAAGCUAAGCCAGCAGCAGCAGUUAAACCAUCCACCCCAGCGUCAAAGCCCGCUACUCCUGCAGGAAAAGCUGCUGCAGCAGAAAGCAGCUCAGAGGACUCAUCGUCUGAAGAUGAAGAACCUGCUAAAGCUAAGCCAGCAGCAGCAAAACCAUCCACCCCAGCAGCAAAGCCUGCUACUCCUGCAGCAAAAGCUGCUGCAGCAGAAAGCAGCUCAGAGGAGGACUCAUCUUCUGAAGAUGAAGAACCUGCUAAAGGCAAGCCAGCAGCAGCAAAACCAUCCACCCCAGCAGCAAAGCCCGCUACUCCUGCAGCAAAGGCUGCUGCAGCAGAAAGCAGCUCAGAGGAAGACUCCUCCUCUGAAGACGAAGAACCUGCUAAAGCUAAGCCAGCAGCAGCAAAACCAUCCACCCCAGCAGCAAAGCCUGCUACUCCUGCAGCAAAAGCUGCUGCAGCAGAAAGCAGCUCAGAGGAGGACUCUUCUUCUGAAGAUGAAGAACCACCUGCUAAAGCUAAGCCAGCAGCAGCAGCAACAAAACCAUCCACCCCAGCGGCAAAGCCCGCUACUCUUGCAGCAAAGGCUGCUGCAGCAGAAAGCAGCUCAGAGGAAGACUCCUCCUCUGAAGACGAAGAACCUGCUAAAGCUAAGCCCACUACACCUGCUGCAAAGCCAGUUACCCCAGCAACUAAGCCAGCUACAGCCACUGUAAAGUCUGCUAAAGCAGAAAGCAGCUCUGACUCUGAUAGUGACAGCUCAGAUUCUGAUUCAGAGGCAGCAAAACCUGCUAUCCAAAAACAAGUUGCUGCAACAGCCAAGAAACCUGCUCCUUCUACUCCUGUCACCAAGGCUCCUGUAAAAUCCGGUGGAGAUGCAUCUGAGAGCUCAAGUGAUGAUGACUCCAGCGAUGAGGAGGCGGCGGCAAAGAAAAAGGAAGCAGUGCCGAAGCCCUCAGCCACAAAACCUGCUUCAACUCCAGCAAAGAAGGCAGAGAGCAGCUCUGAUUCAUCAGACAGCUCUGAUUCUGAAACAGAGAAGAAGUCCUCUGCAAAUUCUGCAGCCACCAAUGGAAAAGCAGUAACUCCCAAAACACCCACCUCAGCAGCCAAGGCUCCAGCGAAGCAGGCAGAGUCUUCAUCUAGUGAUAGCAGCUCUGAAGAGGAGGAGGCACCUGGUACUAGUACUGUCAAACCUGCUGCAACAGCCAAAACACCCCCUGCAACUAAAACUAAAGAGAGCAGCAGCUCUUCAGACAGUUCAUCAGAUGAAGAAGAAGCACCACCUAAAGCUGCCACCACACCCACUACCCCCACAACAAAUGGUACCAAUGGCAAGAGAAAAAGAGAUGAGUCAUCAGAAAGUGAAGAAGAUGAAGAAGAAACAGAGGUCAAGACUCCAAAAAAUAAGAAAGCAGCAACUACACCACAAACAUUUCCUAAAGCCAAUAAAAAAUCCUCCAACGUACCUUUCCGUAGAAUACGAGAAGAGGAAGUUGCAGUGGAUCCCCGUUUAGCAGACAACUCUUUUGAUGCAAAGCAAGGAUCAAAUGGGGACUGGGGCCAAAAGGCUAAUGAUGUUCUAAGGUUCACAAAAGGGAAGUCGUUUCGCCAUGAAAAGACAAAGAAGAAGAGGGGAAGCUACAGGGGAGGAGCCAUCUCCACAUCAGUAAAUUCUAUUAAAUUUGACAGUGACUGAGGAACAUCUUCCACCUGAACAGGACUGUACAGUGUGAACUAUCGUGUAGCUCCUUUGACCAUCAGCAGCCCACUUACAGAAUGAUGUGACCAGAGCUGAGCAGGAACGUACAUGGUGGUACCUGCCCUCGGAUUGUAAGGAGACAGUUUCUUUGAUUUCUAAUCUGUUGCUUUUAGAUCAGCAAAUGCUGUCGUUACAAUCUGUAAAGUUAGGCAGGAGAUUCUCCCUAAUUCAUUAAAAUCCAUGUAACAGUACCAUUUAUAGCCACUAGGUGGCUGCAGGCCACCAGUUAUUGGUUUAUACAGUGUAAUGUGAAUGUUGGGCCCCUUUUUUGGUUGUUUUGAUUUUGUUAACCUGUUUUCGAGCUUAUGUCUACAGGUCUGACAUGGUUUAAUUUUUCACGUAGGAAUUGUAAAAUCCAUCCUGGCAGGAUUUUCAGUGCAAGAUAAGAUUCAUGUUGAUUUUUUUUAAUGGUGCACUUGGAUGCUGUGUUUCUGGGUUGUAUGUCAUUUUCUUUAAAUGUGGAAAGGGUCUGCACUCUGUUUUUUCUCUUUACAUCUCAUCAGAGCAUUUAGCAAGUAGAACUAAGUUUUAUACUGUAUUUAUUUGAAGGUUAAAUUCCAUUAAAACCUGUAGGACCUCAGAUGUUAUAUUAACCAUCUGGCUUUGUUUCUUGGUGUUUGUAUGUGCAUGACCCCUUCCAUGCUGUUCUCUGACCAGUGGAUUUAUUUCAACAACUUGAGCCAUAUUUCAUUAAUCUAAAUUUUCUGUAGGAACUUUAGGGUACCACUCCUUUUGUAUAGCUGAGUCUUAUAUCUAAUUAAAAAGUUAACACAUUAAACAA